CCCGCUCCCUCUGUCUGGGUGCAUCUUCGUGAUCGUGUACGUCCGCGCGCGCCACGGACAAGAGGGUAGCACGUGUGUGCGCGCAACCCCCGGCGAGGAUCGCGUGGCCACGCCCACAGCGCCGCGGCCGGAGGUUCCUGGUAAGCGGGUCGUGCCGGGCCACGCCUCGAGUGGGCGUUCCCCCCGCUCCCACCUAGCCGGUCGGCCACCACCGUUUUCCACUGUGACUACGGUCGUACGUCGGCUCCUCGGUACUAAUAAUACGCCGAUAUACCACCUAUUCAGCCACCAUGGCUCUACGUGGAGGUCCCGAGAGCAGGUUUUACGGGACGCGCGCCGCCGCGUCUGUCUACCAAAGACACUGCUAAUCGCGCGACCACGCUGAUCUCUCUUGACCCGGUGAACGGCUCUGUUUGUUGUCCCAGUGUGUCCGACCGGUUCAGUGAACGGAACCCGGCAUUGUAGCGACUUUCGUGAACGCCAGUCGACUGCUCGCCGCUGCGUCGUCCGUCGGUGCCUCGUAGGACGACUCGGUUGUGCCCCACAGGAUUCCGACAAGCAGUGCGAUGAUCGACCAUAGAGUGCCGAAGUGUCCGUGAUGUAGCCGAGAAUGGAACCUUUCUGACCGGGGAUCGUGGACAUCGGUGCGACGGGGAGGGGUGGGACAGUGCGUUUCGGUUAUCGGGAAUGAAGCUUCGCGGUGUCAGGUAAAGACAGAGCCCGGGGCUGUUAUGUGGAGGAUGCAGGAAGGCAGGACCGUGUCGCCCUUAGGGCCGGUCGUUUUACCGCGGGAGGAACCGGAGAUGCGAGCGGGGCUGCCGCUGCCGCCUCAAGAAAGGAGGCACGUGUUGCUCCACGUACGCACGGGCGAGCCUUUUGUGCGGUACGACAGCGUGCGCCAGCAGCAGCAGCAGCAGCAACAACAACAACAACAACAACAACAGCAGCAGCAGCAGCAUUCACCCCCGACCUCUCCGAUCCUGCGUGCCAUCGACAAGGACCAGUUCCACGAGAUGGACUCGCAGACCGGGCUGCGGGAGAAGCAGGUCGACGCGGAGAUCGAGGAGGAGGAGGAGCAGGACGAGGAGGAAGAGGACGACGCCGAGAGGAAUGUCACGCCGAGAAGAAACGUCGAGGACGAGGAGGACGAGGAGGAGCAGGAGGAGGAGGAGGAAGAAGUGCAUCCGGGCAGUCGGAACGGGAAUUACCAGGAGGACGAGGACGUCGAGGUCGACGUCUGCCGCGACGAGGUCGACGAGAGCAACCCCAGCAGUCCCGUGGACCUCACCGCGCCCUCCUCGAGGGGCACGGGGUCCGAGCAGUUCCUGAACCCCUUCGCGAGCCGCGGCGUGCACCCUUUCUCCUGUGUUCAGAGCGGUGGCCAGCCGACUGGCCACGGGACUCCCGUGUAUAUAUCCGCACACGCCGCAGCCGCGGCCGCAGCCGCCUCCACCGUGAUGACCGUGUGCACUUCCGGUAACGCGGCACGAACCACCGGAACCGCGACCAGCAGCAUCACCACCACCGCCAGCACCGUGCAAGCCAAGAAGAGGUGUCUCGCCUUCUCCGUCGAGAAUAUCCUCGACCCGAACAAGUUCACCGGCGGACGGGUCGUGCACAGUACCGUCCAGCAUCGCCGGCAUCGGCGGGCCGAUAGCGUCCACGAAGAUGGCGACUCGCGGGGCGAGUUCGCCUGUGGCAGCGGCCAGGAGGACGAGGAGGGCACGCCGGACACGGGGAUGGAGGACAUGGACGAGGACCCCGAGGAGGAGGAGGAGGACGAGGACGUGGAGAUGAGGGUGACGGAUCCGGAGUCGUCGAGCGCGGACCGGGAGAACGGCGCGGCGGCGAGCAACGUGCAGUCGUCGAACUGCAAGAAGAGGCAGUCCUCGUCGUCCUCUUCGUCGUCCAGCAGCGUGCAGGCUCAAGGUUGCCAGAGCCAGAGCCAGAGCGGGCAGAAUGGCAGCGGCGGCGGCGGCAGCACGGGCGGCAAACCCAGAAGAGCCAGGACCGCGUUCACUUACGAGCAGCUGGUCGCUCUGGAGAACAAGUUCAAGACCACCAGAUACCUGUCGGUCUGCGAGCGGCUGAACCUGGCCCUGUCCCUCUCGCUGACGGAGACCCAGGUGAAAAUCUGGUUCCAGAACCGGCGAACCAAGUGGAAGAAGCAGAACCCUGGUCUCGACGUGAACAGCCCCACGGUGCCGACCACGCCGCCACACCCCCCGCCUUACGCUCCCGCGUUCCUGUUCGCCACCCAUCCCCAUCAGCAUCCUCUGCCGCACACGCAUCCGCAUCCCCAUGCCCACGUCCAUCAUCCGCCGCCCGUGCCCCCGCCGCCACCUGGCUAUUAUCACCCGGCCGCGCCACCUUAUCCUCCGACCGGGCCGACGUUCUUCGGUCACCACCUGUCCGCGACCCCCGUAACCGCCGCCGGACCACCGCCCACGUCCACCCCAUCCUCCACAGGCCUGACACUGUCCACGCAUCCACAUCCGCACACGCACCCGCACGCGUAGCGAUCUCGACGCUCGCGGACGUCGUCUUCGCCUUCGUAGUCCUCGAAGCGAUACUCCGCCGCAUUGGGAGAAGUAUGGGACUCGUGAUCAGCGUGGUUUGUCUGGGUCUCGAUGGAUGUCUGCGUGUGCGUGUGCGUGUGCGUGUGCGUGUGCUGGUGCACUUCUUGCCGAUUCUUCGUUUCGGGAUCGCUCGGCGGGGGUGGUCGGGAGGAAUAUUCUCUGAGAGAUGCGUCGCCGACGGUCUGGGUCUGUGCCUGGGUCUGUGCCAGGCCCCAGUCCAUGCCGAUCAGCGAACGCAAUCUAAAAAGACCCUUGACUUCCUGUGCGAUUCGAAAAUAUUCGAGAAUAUUCCUCUCGGUGACUCGCAUCAUAAAGUUUAGGGCCUAAAACGAUGCUAAUUCACGUCGCGAAUGCGUCGAAUGUAUUUAUGUUUUUUUGUACUUCCGAGACGGUGUUUCCGUUUAGGGGACGACGAUAUUGUUUCUCUCGCUAGGGUUAAACGUGCAAUGUUAAGUUUCGGUAUGAUCGGUAUGGUAGAUCGUACGGUGGAGCUGAAUCACGGGAGGGGGGGUUGCUUCUGUUGAUGCUCCGACCAUGGAAUCGGAGGCUGCGUUGACGCGUAUGAAGACGACGAGGUCCGCAGAGUGUUCUACGGCGAUCGUCCGAUGGAGAACCGCUAUUUAUAAAGGAAGAUCCUAGUGUCUAUGAGACGAGGAUCCUGCCUAAAAGGCGAUCCUCUAAUCUUUCGUGUCCCGAAGGUACACUUCCACCCUCUGUACAGUAUAAACCAGCCGGAGCUCCAUGGGAAACUUUCGUGGAGCACUCUGCCACCGUGCCUGACGAUUGUAAAUAUUCAUUGAAAGUAUUCUUCGGCCUUCGGCCCCGUACAGCUCCACCGGAGACACGAGGCAGGAGAGAAAACCCACCCACCCCCGUUGAAAGUAAUCGACUCGGGGGAGGGGCGUCGGUGUCGCGCGGACGGAGACACCGUUGUUCCGUUUCCACGGUGGAAUCGUCAACGGAGCGAGUCGCACGGUUCGCACCAAAACCUGGAAAUCUUCGCGAAAUUCCGGGAACAUUAUUUUCAUUGGCAUCAGAUCGACGACAACGUUUCUGCAUUUCUUACGAGACGGUGUGGUUAUCUUUUUUCUUUUUAAUCUCAUCUAGUGGGGUGUAUUGUGAACUCGCUGUGGGGUGGUUUCACACGAGUUACUCGAAAAGAUUGAUGAAAACAUAUUUUACGCAUAUGCGAUGAAAAUGGGUGAAAUACAAAGCUCCAAAGACAUUAGAAGUUAUCAUUUUCCGCUUGUUAAAAUUAUGAGAAACUGAGAAAUACAUGCUUAUUUAAUUUCUAUGUGCCAGAGCCAACUGAACAACUUCUUUUAGUAAAUUUCAGCUUCUCGUGGUUUAAUUUCUGUAUCUUGUCGUCGACUUUUUAUUUGGAUCUAAUUACGAGGGUAGAGAAAUGUGAACUUGGAAUUGUUACGAUACUCGAACCGAACGGUCCCGAAUACGGAACACCGAACGGUCUUCGCAUUUAGCAGCUUUUUUUCGCAGAUCAAAAAGAGGAAUUUUCGACGGGUUUCUAGGGUUCGCUGGCAGCGUGCGCCCGACCGAGCAUUAUCGCGCGAUGUACAAAAGAGUGUCGGCCGAUUGUUCGGGCCGGGUCGGGCCGUCGAUCGUCCCGCACGUGGGUCGCCUCGAUAGGGUAAUCGGUUUACGCGGGGUUGACGUGCAGAAAACGAGCGCGUCUCUUCGAGGAUAUUGUCGGGGCGUUUAAAUUCCGUUCGCGAAGGGGGAUGGCGUUGGAAAAUAACGUGACGAGAGGGGAGGGAUGGUUCGCGGGGGUGGUUCGACGGGAUAGUAUAUAUAGAAGGGGUGAAGCCGGGGAAUCCAUCGUCCCAGCGGAAAGAUAAAUACGCGGUGAUACGUAAACGAAGAAUAACAAGCGGUCGAUUGCAGGGCCGCGCGUAAAACCCCGGAGCGGGCCGGAUAUAAUUAAAAAAUUAAACGGACGGAGUAACCGUGUAUAAACCCGUCGGAGCACCGCGUUCGCCGUUAUUUCGCGUUUCAAUCCAAUAUCCGCGAUGAUGUUUGAACGAGCCGCAAUGACGAGUAACGAAAUGCGCGUGCAACGAAAAACAAAAAAAGAACGCCCGUUCGCGCGCGCGCGCGCGCGCUCUCGAGCGAUCUCUCUCGCUCGUGUACCUUUCUAUGCGUAUGCGUGUGCGGCUGUGUGUAUGCGUGUGCAUGGGAGGGAGAGAAACGUCGAAUCAACGUUGAAAGCACUGUACUUCCCUCCGAACGGAUCGGGUAAACUUCGAACGUUUUCGCCGCCAUUGUAACAUAUUCCGUUGGUCUCUGCGAAGAGAGGAAUCGUUGUAAAACGAAGUAGAUUUUAUCGGGAAAACGCUCGUAGCUCUAAGGCGUGCGUGAAAAUUAACGACUAAGUGUGACAGAGAGGAGGAGCGAGGCGGACAGGAGUUGGACAGCAGAGAGAGAGAGAGAGAGAGAGAGAGAGAGAGAGAGAAAUAGUGAGAGCGAGAAACAGUGUGUAUGUUCGUGCUAGACGAUAGAGUGGAUGAGCGCGAGAGGAUUUAGCCAGCAAUUUUUUGUGCUGAACGCAAAACUGAACCACGUCGGGACGCGAUGAAACGUUCCUGUGUAAAAUAAAUACCGUACGUUACACUCGUAA